UACUUCAAUCCUCAAACCACCUCCCCAACCCCAUACUUCAAUGGAGCUGAUAGACAUCCUACUACUCUUCUUCUCCGCCCUCUUCCUCCGCCUCUGGUGGCGGCACUGGUCCCCCACCACUGGCGGAGAACUCAGAAACCUCCCACCGGGACCACCUGGGUGGCCCUUGGUGGGAAACUUGUUCCAAGUCAUCCUCCACCGCCGCCCCUUCAUCUUCAUGGUGCGCGAUUUACGCACCAAAUACGGCCCCAUUUUCACCAUGAAGAUGGGGCAGCGAACCUUAGUCAUCGUCACGAGCUCCGACCUCAUCCACGAGGCGCUCGUCAAGAAGGGCGAGCUCUUCGCGAGCCGCCCGCCUGACUCGCCCAUCCGCCUCAUCUUCAGCGUGGGCAAGUGCGCCAUCAACUCCGCCGUCUACGGCCCACUCUGGCGCUCCCUCCGCCGCAACUUCGUGACGGAGCUCAUCAACCCGGCGCGGGUCAAGCAGUGCGGCUGGAUCAGGCAAUGGGCCGUCGAGGGCCACAUGAAGAGGCUCGAGGAGGAGUCGGCUCGAGCCGGCCACGUGGAGGUGAUGGCCCACUGCCGCCUCACCAUCUGCGGCAUCCUCAUCUGCCUCUGCUUCGGCGUCAAGGUCUCCGACCGCCGCGUCCGCCUCAUCGAGGCCGUGCUCAAGGACGUCAUGAUGAUGACCACGCCGAAGCUGCCGGACUUCCUGCCGGUGCUCACGCCGCUGUUCCGCCGCCAGGUGAGGGCGGCGAGGGAGCUGCGGAGGAGGCAGCUGGAGUGCCUGGUGCCGCUGCUUCGGGACCGGAGGGCGUUCGUGGAGGGGCGGGCGGCGGAGGCGGAGAUGGCGAGCCCGCUGGGCGCGGCGUACGUGGAUUCGCUGUUUGGGCUGGAGGCGCCCGGGCGAGGGAGGCUCGGAGAGGAGGAGAUGGUGACGCUGUGCUCGGAGGCGAUCAACGCCGGCACCGACACGAGCGCCACCACGCUGGAAUGGGCGCUGCUGCAUUUGGUGCAGGAUCAGGAAAUUCAAGACAAGUUGUAUAAGGAGAUUGUGGGGUGUGUGGGGAAAAAUGGGGUUGUGAGUGAAGCUGAUGUUGAGAAAAUGCCCUAUCUUGGAGCCAUUGUCAAGGAAACGUUUCGACGCCACCCGCCCAGCCAUUUUCUGCUCUCGCAUGCAGUGACAAAGGAAAUGGAGCUCGGCGGGUACACGAUUCCGGCGGAUGUGAACGUGGAGAUCUACACGGCGUGGCUGACGGAGGACCCGGAGAUGUGGGAGAACCCUAGCCAGUUCCGGCCGGAGAGAUUUCUAACGGGCGACGGCGUGGAGGUGGACAUCACGGGGAUGAGGGGGGUCAAGAUGCUGCCGUUCGGGGCGGGUCGGAGGAUUUGCCCCGCCUGGAGCCUGGGAACGCUGCAUGUCAACCUGCUGCUGGCUCGGAUGGUCCAUGCCUACAAAUGGAUCCCCAUUCCGGAUAACCCGCCCGACCCGACUGAGACUUUCGCAUUUACUGUUGUCAUGAAGGAUCCACUCAAAGCAAUAAUUCUGGCCCGGACAAAGAUUUGAAUUCGUGAUGCCACGUCACCCGGAUCUCAAUCUCUUUGAGUGCUACAUGCUUUUAGUUUUUUCUUUUUCUUUUGACGCUUCGCUCCUUCAAUAUUUGCUAGCUAGGUUUUGAACUGUGGGAUGUAUGAAGUAUCUCAUUUUGUGCAGCUGAAAGUUAGAAAACUCUUUGAUGCUUACUUGAAUUAUAUAGUCAAAAAAUUCCCCAUUGCAUAAUAAUAUAUCAUAUAUUUAUAAUAAUUCCUUUA